AUGACUGACGAGAAAAAGGACAAGGAUACCUUUCACUUCGUGGCGUUUCAAGAUCCUUCGAAGGCGGCGGGCCGGAAGUCGUUGGAAAAGUCUCGAGCACGUGCUCAUGCCGCCCGAGUGACACAUUCGAGGAGAAAAGCAAAGCGCGGACAUACCGUGGUCAAAUGGAUCGUCGAGGGCUCAGGGACUCUUGAGAAUAACACUUCAAAGUCCAAACAAAACAAGGUCCAGAUAACCGAGUUCAAGAUCAAUCCGCUCUCGUAUCUUUCGCAAGACAAGGUCGACCCAUUUGAAUCGAACCCUCAUACGGCAUUACCGCGGUAUCUGCAAUCAAUCCUUGAUUAUGCCUACGAAUGUAUACAUCCGAAACUAAUAAGCAACGCCUCGGCCAAUGAUGUGUCGGCGGUCAAAAUAUCCUGGAGACGUAUUGGACAAGAAUGGCCAUUGAUGUUCCACCUGCAAGUUGCUUCUGCGGCAAAUCUCGUGCGCGCGGGCGCCGAUAACGAGCCUUUCCCUCACAACGUCGAGGUUCUCCGACUAAAACACCAAGCUCGAGGGCUAGCUCUGGUGACAAAAGAGCUCCAGAACCUCAAGGGCCCGGCCUCCGAUUCAUUGAUCAUGGCCAUGAUCAUGGUGGGAAACCUGACCGACCCCAACCCGGCCCAAUUUCCAGCAACAUAUCGGCUAUCACCCUUGGCAACUGCUCAAAAUCUCCAUCUCUAUGCCAGACUUACCGUUAUCCCUUCUAUGAUCCAAGCACUUAUGGAACUGGUCAUCAAACGUGGUGGGAUACAAGCAAUGCAACAGUAUGGACUUGUACAACUUCUUCAAUUCGCCGACCUGAUGGUCAGCACGAAGCUCGGUAUGCCGCCGUCUUUUCCGUGGAUGUUUCCCACACCCUCCAUCCUCAUGGGCCCCAAGUAUCAGCCUGACCAUAAAGCUGCGAUGAUGUCAAUGGUGAUCUGCACCGGUUUCACGCAGUUAGACCAGAUCGAUAUGCAUCUGGCAAAUGCCCUGAGGACAGCAGGUGAGGUCACCGUCGCCCUUGAUCACUACCGAGAGCGCCGCCCGAACACUCCGGAUUUGACAGAUAUCGUCAAUACGGCUAAUGCGACUCACCACAAACUGUUGAGUCUCCGGCCUAAGAUAACUCUCGAUCCGCAACAAACCGACUACUUGUGGAAUCUCUGCCGCGUGGCUGGUCUCAUCUACAGCGACUUGGUCAUGUUUCCACUGCCACCCACGACCGGAGUCAAACCUCGGCUGGCUGGAGAGCUUCGUCUUGCCAUCGAUAGUUUUGAGAUAUUCCAGGCGGAAGAAACUGCUUAUAUUGACCAACGCAUCGAAACAGAGGGAUACACCUGCCUGGUACUGUGGGCAUUGACACUUGGGAGUCUUGCUGCGCUAAACACACCACAUCGGCGAUAUUUCGUUCAGAAAAUGCAGGAAUACAUUGUCCGAUGGCCGUAUGUAAUCAGCUGGGAUGCUUACACCAGUCUCAUGGCCACGUAUUUGUGGUGGGACUACAUAUUCGCAGACCCUGUGGCGGAGCUCUGGAAUGAGAUCACUCUCUCCCUUACGGAUAUGGCGCACCAAAGCCAAAGCUCUGUGUUUACGCAAUCGACACCCAGUCGCAGCCCUGCGACAUCGGACGUUUUGACGAUCCUGCCACUCCAGCAGAAAAUUGCGCCCGACUUCCAGCAUAUGGCCGGUCAUGGCAUACCGACCUCGAGUGCUGGAGGAUAA